AGCAGGAUCUACUGUUAUUUACUUUGGAGUUUUGACACAGUUAUACCACAAUCUAUGGAUUGCACUACUUCAGCCAAAUGAGGAUAAGUACAGACAAGCCUCACUAAUGAUGCAGAUAUCCGGCUAUGCCUGCUUCAAUUCUAGACACCCCGGCUUCACUACAGACUCUCUUUGCACGUGUAAGACACAGUGUGGUGAGGAUAGCAAAAUACACAGGAACUACAAGAGCAAAUUCCUGUUAAUAAACAUAAACUGAACUACCACAGGAUACAUGACUCUUAGCUAAGGGUGGCCAUUGCUCAAGGACAGAAGAUUACCUACUCAGAGAGGAAAUGAAAGUCAAGAAUCCGUGGCACAGGGCGCAGAUCAUCUUCGUCGCUACCGUUAUUGCAGUGGGAAUCAUCAUAAUGGUGGCCAUUGCAGUAGUACAACACAAACCUCUACAUCAGAAAUACAAGUACGGGAUAGUCCUUGAUGCGGGGUCUUCUCACACAUCUGUUUAUAUCUACGAGUGGCCAGCUGAAAAAGAGAACAACACUGGCAUGGUUCAGCAGAAACAUGCGUGCAAUGUAAAAGGCAAAGGGAUCUCCAGUUACUCUGAGACUCCACAUAAGGCUGGUGAGUCACUGAAGGAGUGUAUGGAUGAAGCCAAGGAGACCAUACCUAAACAGAGACACCAUGAAACUCCUGUAUACCUGGGAGCCACAGCAGGCAUGAGACUACUCAAGAUGGACAAUAACAAUGCCUCCGAAAAGGUGUUGGAGUUUGUGGAGAAGUCUCUUCAGACUUACCCAUUUUCCUAUCAGGGAGCUCGUAUUAUCACUGGUCAAGAAGAAGGAGCUUUUGGCUGGGUCACUGUCAACUACCUGAGUGAUAACUUCAGAAAGGCUUCAGGGACUGUGGGAGCUCUUGACCUAGGUGGAGCCUCCACUCAGAUCACCUUCGUGUCUGGGCAGCAAUUGGAGUCUUCAGACAACUCUAUUGAUUUCCGGCUCUAUGGAAAAGAUUAUCAUCUUUACACUCACAGUUUUCUUUGUUAUGGAAAGGACCAAGUGCUAAAGCUUUCUUUGGAAAAGCAAAUACAACCAAAACGUACUAUGACAGAUAACAUAAUUCUGGAGGACCCUUGUUUCCAUCCAGGCUAUAAUGUCACUAAGAGCUUUCAGAGAGUCUUUGAUAGCCCCUGUGUCAAAACGGUCAGAAGUUUCGAGAGACAACAGAAUCUCAUCCAUAUAGGCAUUGGGAAUUGGAAUAAAUGCCAGGAAGCAAUCAGGAACGUCUUUAAUACUACUUACUGUCCAUACUCAAGAUGUUCCUUUAAUAAAGUCUUCCAGCCCCCCUUGGAAGGAAAAUUUGGGGCAUUUUCUGCUUACUUCUUCGUGAUGAACUUUUUAAAUCUGACCACUAACAGAUUAGAAGAGGCUAAAGAAAAACUGGCAACUUACUGCACCACUCCCUGGAACACUUUAAAGAAAAAACAUCCUGAAGUGAAGGAGAAGUAUCUUGCAGAAUAUUGCUUCUCAGGUACCUAUAUCAUUACCUUACUGGAAGAGGGAUACAACUUCACUUCUGACAACUGGGCAAACAUUGAAUUCAUCAAGAAGAUUGGGGAGAGUGAAGUUGGCUGGACACUGGGUUACAUGCUGAACCUGACAAACAUGAUCCCUGCAGAAGCUCCAGACACUCCACUCCUGCCUUAUGGGGGCUAUGUCACACUCAUGUUCUUCCUCUCUCUCCUGAUUAUUGUCUUUGUCAUACUUGGUUGUAUAUUCUUCUGCCGACCAUCUGGCCCAAACCAUAAAGAAAUCAUUUAGAUAUCAACAGGCACUGACAUUCUACUGUCUGUCCUUAUGGAACAUAUACAUCUGAAGAAUGAAUCCUAUGGGACUGAAAACCACUUUUUAAACUCUUUUCAAGAGUUUUAAGCUCUGUGUUUUAAUAACAGGUCAGUGCCAGACAAUAGAGACUUUAUACCUCAUUUGAAGGAGACAAAGGCUGAAAUCAAGGAUUUGAAAACCUGUUGAAUUGGGAGACAUGAUGUGUAUUCAUGUUUUUGAUUUCUAGUUUUUAAUGGCUGAUUCAAAAAAUCUCAGGAGUAAAGAUUAUAACUGAAAUUGCAGAAGGCUGGAGGUUUCUUCUAAAAGAAAAUGUGCACUGAUAUAUAUUUAUAUUGUGUGCCUUCAAUCCUUAUGAAGAACCCAUAUUAAUCCUUGCACAAACAAAAAUAUUUUAUUCAAAAUGUGAUAUAACUGCGUGACAGGAAAAAGCAGGUAUAGCAGUAUAGCCCUCUAGCUACGUUAUGGCCAUAUAUAAUGCAAUAUAAUGAGUAGUUAUAGUAUUAAUUAAUUACGAUGUUUCUGCAAGCACACUGUUUCUUUUACUGAAAAUAAGACACAGAUAUGUUUCAUUUUUGGGUCUUUUUUUUUAUCCAAAUAUAUAGUGUUUUUAUCGUAUAUUAAAUAUAAUGAUGAUAGUUGUUCAAAAUGACAGAUCGUUUGGUCAAAUGGAGGCACAUUCAUUUAAAAGCACUGUGUACUGUCUAAUGUUGUUAUUCUUGUGACAUGCACACUACAGACCAAAAGUAUGGAAGCAAGCAAGUAACAACCAAUAAACAACAAACUGCAUAUUUAUUGAGAUCUAGUUUAACCAAAGAUUCUUCUAAUAAAAUGACUUUGGUAUGCACUGCUGUACUCUCAUUCUAAGGUGUUUGGUGACAAUAGUCCCUUAUACUCACCAGUUCUUAAUAAUUUACCAAUAAUUUGAUUCAAAUGUAACAUGAUUCAAGUCAUCAUUAGUUGUACACUAUUUCCACAGACAUUUAGUCAAAUUAAAAAAAAAAAAGUUAGUGUUGCUUCCAAACAUUUGGCAUAUAGUGUACAUGAAGCAUACUGUAUACAUGUGGCAUACUCUGUGUAACAGAUAUAGAUUGGUGAUAAAAUAUAAAGUAUGUUAAUAUGGUGAUGGCUCACCACGAACAGCUUCAAUGUGCCUUGGCUUAGAUGCCUCUGGACGUGUACUGCAGGGAUGAACACUAUUGAACAAUAUUACCUCAAUCAGUGUUUUGAAGAUGGUGGUGGAGAACACAGUCUAACACAUCGGUCUGUUGACUGUGAAGGCCAUAGCAUAUGAUUUACAUCAUUAUCAUAGUCAUCAAGCCAUUCAGUGAACCCUCAUAUACUGUAUAUACAGUAUGUAUAUUAGAAGCAAAGUUGCUUACAUUCUUUAGAUCUUUAUUUUUAGCAAUUCAGCAUGUCAAAGUAAUAAACAGCUGUCAUGCCUUACAAAGGUUUACAGUGAGCCACAAUUCCACAGGAAUAUAAUAAAUACACAUUGCCACUGUUCUUGAAAUACAUAAUAUGAAUUAUUGAUUUGAUGAUGGGUGUCCAUGGGUAUGAUGUUUAUUAGGAUUAGAUAAAAGCCCUAAAAUGCCACUAUAUAGAUAAUCAAUUUGCGUAUAUAUUUUUUUAAUGAGAGCAUUAGUGUGAAGGCUGUGGCAAUGCAUUGAAAUUUAAGAUUAGUACUCUGUAUAUCCAUAUAUGCUUUCUUUCCAUAAAUUGCCAUUAUAAGGUAGUGUAUUGUAUUAGAACAUUCUAUCUGGGUUAAGAAUGAAUGGGAUAUUCAUUAAGAUCACAAUAUAUUCAGCUGUAUUAAACAUAACUGUCCAAUACAAAACAAAUGCAGCAUAAAACAUUUUCAUCUAGAACUCUGAAUUAGAUGCUACGUUAUGCAGUCUUGUGCUUUGAUGCAAUAAAUAAAAGAUGUAGUCAA